CGGAGCCUGCGACCGUGGUGUCCCCGGCCAGCGCACGGGGCUCGGGGUCAGCCGGGAGUGCUGCUUUGUGCUGGGUGGGCCGCGGCGCUUUUGGUAUAAGUUAGCUGUUCUUGCAGAUGGCCGAGGGGUGUUUAGGCGGUGCUGCUGUUCUCUCGCAGGUAUGCUCUACGCGUAUGCUGUCGUGUGUGCUAACUGCGUUUUCUUCCUGUGCCAGCUGCACGCAGUAUCACGCAGAAGCAAUCCACAUCGUACUGAUUGUAAGCAGUUGUUGAAAGAGUAAGAUGGAGGAAAAAGAGAAGAAGAAGCAUCGUGCAAAGCAUAGUGGGCCAAAGGCAGAAAAGAAAAGGAAACGUUACCUCAAUGACCUAGGGCUAGGAGAUGAGGAGAAUGCACGGAAGAGAAACCCCAAAGCCUUUACGGUCCAGUCUGCCGUGCGGAUGGCCAGAACUUUCCAUAGAACUCAGGAUUUGAAGACUAAAAAACAUCACAUUCCUGUGGUUGACCGUACUCCUUUGGAGCCACCUCCUGUGGUGGUGGUUGUAGUUGGCCCUCCCAAGGUUGGGAAGAGCACCGUAAUAAAAUGCCUCAUUAAGAACUUCACAAGGCAAAAACUGGUUGAAAUCCGGGGUCCUGUUACAAUUGUUUCAGGUAAAAAACGCAGGCUAACUAUUAUUGAAUGUGGAUGUGACAUUAACACAAUGAUUGACCUGGCUAAAGUUGCUGAUUUGGUUCUAAUGCUUAUUGAUGCCAGCUUUGGAUUUGAGAUGGAAACAUUUGAAUUCCUGAACAUUUGUCAGGUACAUGGCUUUCCCAAAAUUAUGGGAGUUCUUACCCACCUGGAUACAUUCAAGAACAACAAACAAUUAAAGAAGACUAAAAAGAAGUUAAAGCACAGAUUCUGGACUGAAGUGUAUCCGGGUGCUAAGCUGUUUUAUCUGUCUGGGAUGGUUCAUGGAGAAUAUCAAAAGCAGGAAAUUCACAAUCUGGGGCGUUUUAUCUCAGUUAUGAAAUUUCGACCUCUUACUUGGCAAACGUCUCACCCCUACGUUCUCGCAGACAGAAUGGAAGAGUUGACAAACCCAGAAGAUGUUCGAAUCAAUCCCAAAUGUGAUAGGAAGAUAUCACUUUAUGGAUACUUGAGGGGAGCACACCUGAAAAACAAAAGUCAAAUUCAUAUGCCAGGUGUAGGAGACUUUACUGUGAGUGAUGUGAGUUUCCUACCAGACCCCUGUGCUCUACCUGAACAGCAGAAGAAACGUUCUUUAAAUGAGAAAGAGAAACUAGUCUAUGCCCCUUUUUCAGGAGUUGGGGGCAUUGUGUAUGAUAAAGAUGCUGUUUAUAUUGACCUUGGUGGAAGCCAUGCUCAUGAAAAAGAAGAGGAGGAUUUGAGACCAAAUCACGAACUAGUUCAGAGCCUCAUCUCCACACAUUCAGCCAUUGAUGUUAAGAUGGCGUCAAGCAAGGUCUCUCUCUUCAUGGACUCUAGACCCUUAGGUUCAGAAGAUGUAGGACACGAGUUUGUGAUGCCAAAAGAAGAGAGACAGAUUGAUUUGAAGUCUGGAAGAGUACGUCGGAAAGCAUUAUUUGGAGAUGAAGAGAAAGAAAAUAAUGAUGCAGUAAGUGAUGAGGAAGAUGAUGAUGAAGAACAACCAGUGUCUGAGGAUGGAAGUGAUGGUGAUGAAGACGAUGACUCUGAGGAAGAAAGUGACAGAGAGCUAUUAGGGGAAGAGAUAGCUCUUGGGAGAGCCAAACGUCUGAAAACAGAGGUGGCUAAAGAAGAAGCUGUGAAUGAACUGCCAGCAUUUGCAGACAGUGAUGAUGAUCUCGAGAUGAGUUCUGAAGAAGAAGGAAAAAUGGCCCUUGAAGAGAAUGAGAUGGAGGAAGAUGAGGAGGAGGAGGAGGAGGAAAGGACUUAUGAAAAUGAAAGCUCAGAUAGUGAAUUUGAGGCUACAGGCAAAAGAGUAGCUGAAUCUAAGCGGUAUGAAAUAAAUAGUAAAGAUACAGAAAUGAGAUCACAAACCUCAGAUCACGGUCUGAAAAGAAAAGCAGUGCUCAUUACAGAUUCAGGAAACUGCACAGCAGAAGAGGCAUCAGAAUCUGAGGUUGAAAACUCUUCCCUUGAAGAGGGUGAUGAUGUAGAAGGAUCACAUGAUGAAUUAGAAGUUGAAGAGUCAAAUAGCAAAGGAUUUGGGCACGCUCAAGCAAAGAAAUCUGGCAGUAUUAGACAGGCUGAACUUAAAGCUGUAGAAGCUGAGGAUGAUGAUGUGGAGAAUCUACUGAGAGAGGAAGAGGAAUAUGAAGAAAAAAUAGAUUUUUCUGCUGACACAACAGGUGCACUUAAGUGGAAAGAGGACCUUACACAGAAGGCAGCUGAGGCCUUUCUAAGACAGCAACGUUCAACCCCUAAUCUUCGUAAACUCGUAUAUGGAACAGCUGUUGAGGACGAGGACCAUGAGAGUGAGGAUGCAGGUGAUGAACUUGGAGGUUUGUUUCGUGUCAGCCGUCCAGACAAAGCAUCCAAACAGAAGGCUAAUGCUCUUGACUGCUCCAAAUUUCUGAUAGAGAAGCCGCAAGAUUGGAAUUUAGAAGAGGUUAUGAGCAGUAUUCGAGACUGCUUUGUUACUGGAAAGUGGGAAGAUGAUAAAGAUGCAGCAAAGUUGUUGGAGGAAGAUGAAGAACUAUAUGGAGAUUUUGAAGAUCUUGAAACUGGUGUUGUGCACAAAGGAAAGCCUACUUCUGAAGAUGAGUCUUCAAGUGAAGAAGAGGACGAAGAUGGAAAAAUGUCCAAACCACAACCUGAGGAGGAGGAAAAGAAAAAGGAGCGCAUGGACAAGAAACGGAAACUGAAAGAAAUGUUUGAUGCAGAAUAUGAUGAAGGGGAUACCACGUACUUUGAUGAUCUUAAAGAAGAAAUGCAUAGACAAGCACAGCUUAAUCGAGCGGAAUUUGAAGAUCAAGAUGAUGAGACCAGGGUGCAGUAUGAGGGCUUCCGGCCUGGGAUGUAUGUUCGAAUAGAGAUUGAGAAUGUCCCAUGCGAAUUUGUCCUGAAUUUUGACCCUCAUUAUCCUAUUAUCCUUGGUGGCUUAGGCAACAGUGAAGGAAAUGUCGGAUAUGUACAGUUGCGCCUGAAGAAGCACCGAUGGUAUAAGAAGAUACUUAAGACACGUGAUCCUUUAAUCCUCUCAUUAGGAUGGAGGCGAUUUCAGACUAUCCCCAUGUUCUACAUUGAAGAUCACAAUGGACGUCACAGGCUUCUGAAGUACACACCACAACAUAUGCAUUGUGGAGCAACUUUUUGGGGGCCCAUCACUCCUCAGGGGACAGGAUUUUUGGCAGUUCAAUCUGUCAGUGGCACAACGCCUGAUUUCCGGAUUGCUGCGACAGGAGUUGUGCUCGAUUUAGAUAAAUCCAUAACUAUUGUUAAGAAAUUAAAGCUAACCGGUUUUCCAUUCAAAAUUUUUAAGAACACUUCUUUUAUUAAGGGAAUGUUUAACUCUCAGUUGGAAGUGGCUAAAUUUGAAGGUGCAGCGAUUCGUACUGUGAGUGGUAUCCGAGGACAGAUCAAAAAGGCCCUCCGAACACCAGUAGGUGCUUUCAGAGCAACAUUUGAAGACAAGUUGCUGAUGAGUGAUAUUGUCUUUGUGAGGACUUGGUAUCCUGUUUCUAUCCCAAUGUUUUAUAACCCUGUAACAUCCCUGCUGAAGCCAGCUGGUGAGAAGGAUAGUUGGAGUGGAAUGAAGACAACAGGCCAGCUGAGGCAUGAGCGAGGCAUCAAACUGAAACAAAACAAAGAUUCUCUCUAUAAGCCUAUUGUGAGAGAGAAAAGGCAUUUCAAUAAGCUCCACAUUCCUAAAGCACUGCAAAAGGCACUGCCUUUUAAGAACAAGCCGAAGAAUUUUGAGAAGAAAGGCAAGACUCCAAAAGACCAGUGGAGACCAGCUGUUAUCAGGGAGCCUCAUGAAAAGAAGAUAUCAGCCCUACUCAGUGCUUUGAGUACAGUGAAUAAUUACAAGAUAAAGAAAGCCAAAGUAAAACAUCGGGAACAGCUUAAAGAAUAUCUUAAAGUUAAGCAGAAGGAGGAUGAACAGAAAUUCAAGAGGCAAAAGGAGGCUAAGAAAAAAAUCUAUCGCAUACUGGGACAAAGGGAGAAAAAGAGGCAGCAGUCAAGCUUGAAAGGAUCUAGCAAGGGAGAGAAGAAUAUGUAAAAAUCUCAUCAGAUUUUAGACCAAAUGAGGAAAUAGGGUAGCUGUGCAAUUUUCUUUUGAAGAAACAAAAAGGCCUUGGACUACAUUAGACGUGCUUUCAAGAGAAGAAAAAAAUGCAAAUAUAACCUUACUCAAGCUCUUGAAUAUGGCAAUGUAUAUAAAUAAGAAGUAUGGAUUGUGGAUUUUCUACAUGAUAUUCCAGAGGACUCUGUAUUUCAGUAUAUUUCUAUCCAUACUGCACAUUCUAUCUAGCCAAUAAAGUAUUUUAAUGUCAAUUAUGGAAUAUUGUUUGUAAGUUGUUUCGUCUUAGUACUAGUGGACUUCUGUUGGGAGAGAGAACUUCUCCGGAUGUCUCUUAAUGUCCUUCUGUGUUUGUAGUACUUUGAGCCAUUGCCUAAA